AUGCAGCUUAACCAUGCUAUUGUCCUCAUCCUCAUAUUAAUUCCCGUUUUCGCCUUCAUCAUAUGGAGAGUCGGCCUCCACCUCUCCUCGGUAUUUUACUUCAAUAUGGAAAUGCACAAGGUGAUGCGAGAGACGCGACAGGUGGAGGAAGCAGUCGUUGCUCAGGAAUCCCAGGUCGCCAAUACACCACCGACCAAUCCAUCUCCUCCUAAUCCAGCUCCACCGUCGGCUGUCAAUGUAAUACCCGGCAAUAAUGGACGACCGGCCAAUGGACAGGUAGCAAAUAGGAAUCCAGCUAACGGGCAAGCAGCGAAUGGGAAUGGGAAUGGGCAACCGCAAACCAACCCACAGCUGGGCAAUGGACACCCAGCAAGCGGGCAAACAAGUGGAGGCCCUGCCACGGGCAAUGGCUAUAACGGUUAG